ACAUCAUUUCCGUUUGGACUACUGGCGGGACUUCUUCACAUGUUGGUAGCUGGAGAGCUUGUUUACGCUCCUUGAAAGCCUGUUUAACUUAUACUGCUGAAAAGAAAAAUCCUACAACAUGAUGGCUUCAAACGGGAAGGAGUCAUGUGGAAUAAACGGGGACAUGUCAUCGACGUCUUUUAAAGGCAACGGUGAAGUGUUUGCCAAUAAGUCACAUUCAGUUCGUGUAAACGGAGCAGCAGCAGCUGCAGACUCGUGUCAGUCAAAGUCCCUGAACGGAGACGUGAAGAAGAGGACUGAAAGGUUCACUUUCAGCGGAGAGCCCACCGUCGAAGAUAUCAGAAGAAUGCAAGCGGAGUUCACAGACGAGCGGGACUGGAACCAGUUUCACCAGCCUCGGAACCUGCUGCUGGCCAUGGUGGGAGAGGUGGGUGAGGUGGCGGAGCUCUUCCAAUGGCGGGGCGAGGUGACCGAGGGCCUACCGGACUGGACCGAGUCAGAGCGGGAGCACCUGGCACACGAACUGAGCGACGUGAUGAUCUACCUGGUGGAGCUCGCCGAGAAGUGUCAUGUGGAUCUUCCCCAAGCUGUGCUCCGUAAAAUGGCUCUGAACAGACAGAAAUACCCCGCCAGCAAGGUGCACGGAUCGGCCAAAAAGUACACCGAGUACAAGGACUGAGUUCGGCGUUUAGACACUGUGGUUUUCCUGGUUGUUCGACAUACUGUUUACCUCUUGGUUCAGAUUUCUUUGUUUUGGGGUUGAUGUGUUUUCUGACUAUUUAAAGGCUCUUACCUUCGUGUAUUUUAUCUGACACACCGGUUAACCUGGUAGCCUGCCAAUGAAGAGUCAGUUUUACCAGACAGAGCUCUUGAUGAACACUGGUAUUGUUUUUAUUGUGGGUAACUUUAAAGCUCUUCUUUUAGUCUGAUCAUUGUACCUGAAGGAACUUGAUGCAAUACUCUCUGUAGAAAGUAUUGUUGUGGUAUGUCCCUUUAGGGGUAUUUGGAAGAACUUUUUUUUCAUAUUUUAAGAAGUUUUACCUUCAUUAUAGUUGAAGAGGAUAGUUUGGGAAAGUUGAGUUUUUGCAAAAAAGAAUGAAUGACCCAAACCAUUUGUACAAACAAAAAGUUUGUCAUUUUUUAUCACUGUUAUCAUCAUUUAUCUAUUUCCCUGUUAGAAUUAGAGAUAUUCCAUUCUGUUUCACAUUUUCCCAAAGUAAAAGCUGCUUUAAAUCUUUAAUGGGUUUCUCUUUUAUUUGUUGAGUGAAAAUGGUUGUGAAGUGUCCCAAAGAUGAACAGAAACCUGGAAAAUUAAUUUUAAUUUAAUUAUUUGGUUAACAAUAGUGAUUUUACACCUGACUGAGAUUUAAAGUACAAUAACCCAAAAGUAAUUUGUGGUUUUAUAGGUAAUAAAAUCAAAUUACUUUUAAAGCUCUUCAAAGAUGUUUUAAAUAAUUUUCAGUCAUUGUAGGCUUGAAAAGACACUUUCAUUACAAUGCAUGCAAAGAGAAAAGGGCUGAUAAAAACAUAAGAAAAAUUCUCUCACAAUACCAAUCUAAUAUUCAUAUGGCAACAAUGAACUAGUCUCUGGAAAAAUUGAGGACAAGUGCCAUAAAAAAUGUGUUUUGUGACUUACAUGGUGACAAACUAUCUCCAUUUUGAUCAGUAUAGCUUAAACAAUAGCACUUUUUUUUCUUUUUAGUGGCACUGCUUAAUUGAG